AUGGCUGCAACUCCAUCAUUUCCGGAAUUUGAUGUAGAAGACCCAUCAAAUUUGGCAGUGCGAUGGGAGGAGUAUUUAAAGCGAUUCAACAAUCUAGUUACAGCGAUGAAUUUUCGUGAUGCAGCUCGCAAAAGAGCCUUGCUACUUCACUAUGUUGGUGAACGUGUUAAUGAUAUUUUUGACACACUACCUGACCGAGGAGAAAACAGCAACUUUAACGCUGCUUGUGAUGCAUUGACGGCAUAUUUUACUCCGAAGAAAAAUGUAUCCUUUGAAAUAUUUAAAUUUCUUAAAUUACAACAUGUCCCAGACGAAAAGUAUCGAUGAAUAUCACACACGCUUACAAAUUGCGGCAAAAUACUGCGAGUUUCGCGACCAUUACACGGAAGUUAAAUUACAGAUAGAACUUGGGACUUCAAGUAAGAAGAUUCGGCAACAUUCGUUUCGCAAGCCAAGCCUCACUUUAACAGAUUUGAUCAGUUAUGCUAGGACACUUACGGAGACUGAAAAACAAGCAUCUGGCAUCGCGAAUAGUUCAUUCAACAUGCCCUCGUCAGCAGAGAUAAACGCUGUCAACAAAGAUAAUUCUUCACCAAAUGAUUAA